GACUUGUCCAAUCACGAGGUUAGAUAGCUUCACAAGAUGGCGGCGCGCUGGAAGCGUCACAUCUGCGUUUCUUGGAGCUUCACGCAGCGGGUGGCAAAAUUCUGAGAUUUUACAGGCCCACACUAGGCACAACGUCGGUGAGGAACAUCGCUGACAGAGAUGGCGCCAAUUAAAUCAAUGCACGAAAGAAAUAGAUACAAGGACAUACCUCCUGACUUUGCAUAUCUGGCAUCCAAAUACCCAGAUUUUAAGCAGCAUGUUCAGAUAAAUCUGAAUGGAAGAGUAAGUGUUAAUUUUAAAGACCCUGAAGCAGUCAGAGCUCUGACUUGUACUCUCCUAAAGGAAGAUUUUGGACUUUCUAUUGAUAUUCCAUUGGAGAGACUAAUUCCCACAGUUCCGUUGAGACUCAACUAUAUUCAUUGGGUGGAAGAUCUGAUUGGUCAUCAGGACUCUGACAAAAGUACUCUCCGAAGAGGAAUCGACAUAGGUACUGGGGCAUCCUGCAUCUAUCCCUUACUUGGAGCAACCUUAAAUGGCUGGUAUUUCCUUGCUACAGAAGUGGAUGAUAUGUGUUUCAACUAUGCAAAGAAAAAUGUGGAACAGAAUAACUUAUCUGAUCUCAUAAAAGUGGUAAAAGUGCCGCAAAAGACACUCCUGAUGGAUGCUCUUAAAGAAAAAUCUGAAAUAAUCUAUGAUUUUUGUAUGUGCAACCCCCCCUUUUUUGCUAACCAAUUGGAAGCCAAGGGAGUAAACUCUCGAAAUCCUCGAAGACCUCCACCUAGUUCUGUAAAUACCGGAGGUAUCACAGAGAUAAUGGCAGAAGGAGGUGAAUUAGAAUUUGUUAAGCGGAUCAUCCAUGACAGUUUACAGCUUAAAAAAAGAUUAAGGUGGUAUAGCUGUAUGUUGGGAAAAAAAUGCAGUCUGGCUCCGCUGAAAGAAGAGCUUCGCAUCCAAGGGGUUCCCAAAGUUACCUUUACUGAGUUUUGUCAAGGUCGGACAAUGAGAUGGGCCUUAGCUUGGAGUUUUUAUGAUGAUGUCACAGUACCAUUACCACCAAGUAAGCGAAGAAAAUUAGAGAAGUCAAGAAAACCCAUUACAUUUGUAGUGUUGGAGUCUGUGAUGAAAGAAUUAUCCCUCAAAGCAUCAUCUUUGGGCUCUGAGACAGUGGAGGGCAUAGUGGUUGUGACAACAUGGAUAGAAAAAAUUCUCACUGAUUUAAAGGUCCAGCAUAAACGAGUUCCCUGUGGAAAAGAGGAAGCUAGUCUUUUCCUGACAGCCAUAGAAAACUCCUGGAUUCACUUAAGGCGAAAGAAAAGAAAGCAAGUGAGACAACUGAGGGAAGUGCCUCGAGCUCCUGAGGAUGUCAUACAGGCCUUGGAGGAGAGAAAAGCCAUCCCCAGAGAGUCGGGCAAUAGCCAGGAUGUGGCCCCGAGCCCCCAGGAGGGUACCCUUUGUGGGUCUACUCUGCAGGAGGGCGAGUCUGCCACUGUUGGGGGCUACUGCCCAAGCCAGGAGUCACUGUCCCAAGAGGAAACCCCAGAACCCAUGGAGGAUGAAAGGAGUGAGGAAAGGGGAGGGGAGGAGGUUGUGGAAAGUUGUAAAGUCUCUUGCAACGAAACCCAGGACCGAGAGGCUUCUGAGCAAUAUAGCAACCCAGGGGCCGAAAAGGGGAAGCCCCUCCAAGUAGCAGCUGGACAUUACCUAUUUAAGUGUUUGAUAAACAUUAAGAAGGAAAUGGAUGAUGCCUUAGUUGAAAUGCAUUGGGUUGAGGGCCAGAACAGAGAUUUGAUGAACCAGCUUUGUACCUAUAUACGUAACCAGAUUUUCAGGCUUGUUGCUAGUUAACUCCAUACUUCUUGCAGUUACAAGAGUGUCUAUAGAGGACUGGGGGUGUAGCUCAACUUCGCAUGCGGAAGGCCCUGAGUUCCAUCCCCAGUACCACCCCCCACUCAAAAAAAAAAAGUCUAUUAAACAAAUUGUUUGGAGUAGCCUAAAUGGUGGCAAGAGGAAUUUUACCACUGGCCUAUUAGUAGUAUUAUGUGGAAUUAUCUUAAAAAGCAGAAAUCAAUCCAUUUUAUUAAAGUUAUAAGGAGUUAUAUAGUUCAGUAGUUCAGGAGGAAGAAUUAUGGUUGUCAGCAACAACAAAAAGAUGUAAACUCAGGAGGGACUUAAAACUGACUCAAGCUGGUCACCUCCGCUUUGGACUGAUUUCAUGAGGCUAAGGUAUCGUUUGUGGUGUCUGGUCUUGGGUCAGUACUUCCCAGAACAUCAUGGUUUGGUCCCCCAGGGUCUUCAUGAAGAGAAUACACUCUUGUCCUCCAAUGGAGAGCAGAACAGAAAGGCCCCAGAGCCUACUUCUAGAGUUACCUUUAAGACUAAACCUCUGCACCCUGGGUACAUAUGAUUGAUUAACUGUGCUCCAGUCCCCAGAGAUGAGCUGGCCUGAUGGGAGAUGGUGGGAGAGUUGGGAGGAGAAACCUUAAUAAGAUCAGGAAGAAGGGCCCCUCUGGGAUACGCCUGGGAAAUGGCACAUUGCUGACUCCUGGCUAUUUUGAUAUUGCUUAUUUCAGAAGCAGAAUUAAAUGAACAAAACUCCUAGAUAUGACGGAGACAACAAAAUACACCCAUACCCAUUUUGUAGCAGUUUUGCCACUGUUUGGUUUUUGUUGAAACACAAGAAGUGGAACUUGUUUUAUUUUUAAUAUAAGAAUAUUCAGAAUUAAACUGUCAAUACUGUUUGAAUCCUGGGAUUGGGGAAAAUACUUUCAUAGAGAAUGAUGGUAAAAAUGUGAACAAGGCACUGUGUGCAGUAGUAGCUUAAGAAAGCCUCUAUUGGCAGGUAAUUUGUUGCUGAUCAAGUGCUGCUUUUUUAUGUCUUCCCUUGUAAUCCCUUCUGUGCAUUACUUGCUAGCACUGGAGCAUUCUGGGGUCAAGUUAACCGUGUCAUCAGAACAUGUUUCUAAUCCAAAUGCCAGAGUUCAGCAGAUAUCUCUGGAAGGCAUUCUUGGUUUUUGUUCUCUUAGUGUCUCAGUAAACCAUUUCUGUGCAUGAUUCACACCACUCAAUUUUGUACCAGUACCCUGAUGUUCUGUUUAGAGUAAAAUCUUUCAGUCUAAUACCAGAGCUCCUUGCCCACUCCAAUGAAGAUGACCUCCCUGUUGAGAGGUGGCUGUUAGGACAGAAAGCUAGUGACUGGCAUAUUUUGGUGGCGGCUAGAUUAGACCCUCUACAAAGGCAUAAGGGAAUGAAAGUAGUUUGUCUCAUUUUGGCAGUAGAACUGGGAAAAGAGGUUGUUUUAAACACAGGGCUCUUUGCAUACUAAACAAGCAUAAUACCACUGAACUCUGUCCCCGGCCCUUUAUUUUAUUUUAUUUUAUUUUAAGACAGGGUCUUACCACAUUACACAGGCUGGCCUCAAACUUGUGAUCCUCUUGCUUAAGCUUCUGAGUAGGUGGGACUACUGGUGUGCACCAUUGUGCAUAGCUGGGAAAAGAGCAUUUUAACCAGUAACCUGUGUUCUAAACCUAGUCUAUGGAUCUCCAGAUAAUCCAUAACCCUCCUGGGAUUGUUUCUAAAAGCUCUAUGAGUGUGUGUGUGAGAGCGUGUGUGUGUGUGUGUGUGUGUGUGUAUUUUCCUGAGGAGAGGAUUCAUGACAUAGGGAGAGGGGUGAGUGACCUGAUAAGGAUAAAGAACCACCAUUCUAGUCCAGACAUUCAUUUGACCAAUGCUCAGGGUUAUAUAAAGCCAAGACUCAAUCCAGGGCUUUGGAUCCCUUGUCCUGUAAUUUUUGAUGUAUUGGCUUAGGCUAUCUUUUUUUUUUAAUAUUUAUUUUUUAGUUGUACACAAUACCUUUAUUUUAUUUCUUUAUUUUUAUGUGGUGCUAAGGAUUGAACCCUGGGUCUUGCACAUGCUAGGCGAGUGCUCUACUGCUGAGCCACAAUUCCAGCCCUUGGCUUAGGUCAUCUUGCUGUACUCACCUCUGAUUACUAUCACAUUUGAAUCAGAUGCAGGGCCCAAACUUAGUUUUCUUGAAAUUUUAGGAUUUUUUAGUUAACUGGCAGCUGUUCAUUCUAUAAGUAUUUUUAAGUAUUUAUUGUUUCUUUGUUUCAUUCUAAAAGAGUAGCAGAUGCUCAAAGAUUUGGAAAAAUUAGGCUGGGGAUAUACAGUGGUAGAAUGCUUGCCUAGAAUGGGUGAGACCCUUGACUUGAUCCCUAUCACCAAAUACAAAACAAAACAAAAAACCCACCCACAACUUUAGCCUUCUCUGAUAUUGUUAUUUGUGGGUCUCCCUCCAGUCUUUCUAGAGAUGCUAUGUAUUUGUGAAUUUAACUUUGAAUGUAUUUAUUGUGCUUUUCUUUUGUUUUGCUACUGGGGAUUCAACCCAGUCAGGGGUGCUCUACCUCCCCAGCCACCCUUUUUAUUUUGAGAUGGGUUUCUCUAAGUAGCCAAGACUGUCCUCGAACUUGUGGAUCCUCUUGCCUCAACCUCUUGAGUCUCUUAUAUACAAUAUAAGCUAUAUUGUAGUCUUCAUUUAACAUCUCAUAAGUAUUUUUCCACAUUAUAAUGGUAAUGUACUUAUUUAUACUCCUUGCCUGUUCACAAUGUCCUUCAGGCACAGUAUUGGCCUUUAUUCAGGUCUCCUUCACAGGUAUUCUCAUAAUACUCUUAACUGGAGACAAAAUGUGUGUCUGUUUGUAUGUGUUUCAGUCCCAUGUUUAAAGCUUUGUGUUAUAGAGGAUGUUUUAAAGUGUUAAACUAAUGAUCCUAGAAUUUUAAAGAAUGACAAGAGCAGUGUUCACAGUCUUUGUAAAACUAGAACUAUGAGUGCUUUGCAUUUGUAUGUCAUUUCCUUCUCUGAGAAGAAUAGUUUAUGUCUUUCUGUCCUCUUUCCCUCUCUCCCUCACUCCGUCUUUCUUUUCUUUCUUUAUUUCCUACUAAAAUUGAACCCAGGCCUUGUAUAUGCUAGGUAAGCACUAUUCCCCAGCCGCAGAAUAGUUUAUUUCUUAAAUUAAGGAGAGGGCAUUGAAAACUUUAUAAAUGGUCAUCUAAGAAUUGUGUUGGUUAUGCAUGUGCUUUAAUUUUAUAAUGUCUAUCUUUAGUAUGGGGGGAAAGUUUUUUGUUUUUUUAAGAAAUAUAUUACUGCCCACAUGUUGCAGUGUUGAGUGACACUCUCUGUAAGUGUCUGGAGGUCAAAUUCAUCUUGGUGUUGGUGGAUUGGUAUGAAAUGAAAUCUUUGUGGUGUUAUCUUAAAUUCUAUUCUGGUCCCUGGAAUUGACUUCUGAUAUUCCGAUAGCUAAAAUGGGAACAGAAGUUGAGCUUGUUUUCCAAGAUGAACUAAAGCUGCUUUUGUUUUCUCUCAGUUUGGUUUCUUUACCCCACAUCCUUGCCCGACUGCUCCUACACCAGAGUUUUGCUGCAUGUCCUGGCAAGGUUGAUGGCUCUGUGGUGGGGUUUUCAGCUAAUCUUAGAGUUCAUGUUCAUUACUUUAGUAUGUAUUUUUAAAAAUAUAAAAUACAUCUUUUCUUGGUGAAAAUGAAAGUUUACUAUGUAAGCACACCACCUUCUAAGCUCUGGAAAGAGUAAUAACCACAUGUGUAGAAAAGAUGCAAAGUCUGUGGAGACUGAGGACUUUGAAAGAAGGGAGCUUUUAAAAAUUCUUGAAUGCUGCUGGUGCCUCUCUCUCUUACCUAGCCCACAGCACUUCCCUCAGUAGCCACAUGGGGGCACCUUCGGCCCUCUUAUCAAGCACUUUAACUUCACUGUGGGAAUCCAUAAAAUUGUGUCCAAGGUAUUUUCUUGAAAUAUACAGUUGCUACCCAGGUAAGCAUCUUUAUAUAAACAAGGACAUUUUUACAUUAAAAACUUUGAAAAAAUGAAAAAAGGGAAAACUACUAUCAUGAUCUUUUUAUCCAGCACAAUACAAUCCCUUUCAGACUUUUUAUGUUUUGUUUUUUUCAUAGUCGCAGUUGACUAUCUUUUUCUUUUCUUUCUGUCUCUCUUCAUAUUGUGGAAUGUUCUCAGGUUGUACCUACUCUUUUGGAUCAAUUCUUUUAUUAGUAUGUAGUUAAUGGGGAUACCAGAGUGGGAAGGUUUAGUGAUUUUGAAACAAAAACUUCUCAAAAGCCUUAUGUUCCAGGACAAGUAACAAGAGCACCAAGAAAGAUGGUUAUUCAUGUUCUUUUGUAUGUUCAUGCUUUAGGUUUAUCUGGCUGGCUAACUAAUGUGCAUGUAAUGUGUUGUUUCAAAAAAUAUAUAUCAAAAGUUGGUGAGGAUUCUGUGUUGUGUAUAUUACGCAGGUCAGCUUGGCCUUGUUUCUUAUAAGGGUAUAUCUGUGUAGAACAGGAAUAUUACCCUAGGGUCUAUGUGGCUCUAGGAACAGUUGCAUCUACUCUUAUUUUAUGGCACAGGAUCAAGUGUAAGUGGCUACCCAAAACUGAUUAGCCCAUUAGGAAGAAGAAAAUACAGUUUGGAAUACUAGGUUAGGAGCCUCCUGGAAGAAGGUGCCACCUAGGGCAUGUCCAGAGUAAAAGGAUGUAAUCACAUCAUUUUUAGGGAAGUUGGUGCUCCAGAGAUUUGGUUUCCUGAAAGGGCACUAACCUCAGUAGAACCCUGUGCUGUUCAGUUUAAGAAUGAAUUAGCCAGAGGCUGAGGCAGGAGGAUUGCCAAGUUCAAGGCCAACCUCAGUAACUUAGUGAGACCCUAUCUCAAAAUAAAAAAUAAAAUGGGCUAGGGAUUUGGCUCAGUAAUUAAGCACCUCUGGUUUAAAAAAAAAAAAAAAAAAAAGUUGGCCUUUGCUACCUGGAGUUAGGGCAUUGGUGAAUUUGAACCUUUCCAGUAUUUCCAAAUAUAUACCCUUUGGUGCUAGUACCAGUGUACUAUUAGACAGCCCUGCACAGGGCUUACCCCACUAGCAACAGAGCCUCAGAUGCACACACCAGAGAGUUCCUGCUCUGCUCUGCUCUCAUUCAGAUCCUCUGCUGUGACUCACCCAAAUGACUAAAAGAUGGGUUUAUUUCUUUAAUUGCUGGUUAGAACAGCUAAUGCUGCCUUUUGGAGGCUGUGCUUUUACUCCAGGGAACUAUGUUGUGACUAAGUGAAGACCUUGCACCUCUAAAUGCCCUUCAAGGUGUAGACAUAUCUGCCUAUCUUAGUCUAAGCAGAAACAUCAGGGCCUCUAAACUCCUCAGGGAAGUAUGUGACCGCAGGUGCUCAUUAGGACUGAGGGAACUGAGAGAAGAAGGUGUGAAGCAGAUAGUGCAGUUGCGUUUGGCAGAACUGGCUUGGAUGUGAUGCUCUGAAGAGGGCAAACGAUGUAUAAAAAAAAAGUUGGACUUUUCCAACUUCCCUAUGGGAGUAAAAACAGGAAAGAACACCACUUGGUAGUUCAACACUGGGUCUCUGUUGCAGAUCAAUUCCUUAUGUAGUGUAAGCCUUGGCUUCCUCAUGUCAGACUAAAGACUUCUUGCUCCACAGGUUAUGGCAAGACUGCAGUGAGUGAAGAACUUGAGCACAUAGGGGAGUGGACUACUCAACUUGCUUUUCUCUCCUUUUCUGCUAGAGUUUUCAAUUUCUGGCAGAAAAUCUACCAGUGGAUUCAAAUGAAAAGGCUGAAACCUCAAAUGUAUAACUUUCCAGUAUUCCCAAAUAUAUACCCUUUGGUGUUGAGUAUUACCAACUGACCAAGAUCAAAUGGAAAACUUCUUCCAUGUUAUGGAGGGAGGGAUGGGGAACCAAUAAUUUACUAUCCAUCUUCAACAUAAAUUGUCUCAUUUAGUAACCCUGUAAGGUGGUGUGGUGCCUGCCCCUGUGUGAUGAAUGCAGGGACUGAAAAUUCAAGAGUGCUUUAGUGACUUGUCCUAAAGUUAUUCGCAGAGUAAAGUCAUAAAAAUAGUAUUUAAACUAUUCAUGAAGCCAGUGCUGGGAUUUUGUGCCAAAACUCAAAAUUUUGUUCCAGAAGCUGCACUUAUUAUGAAAAUGUAUGUCUAGUUCCAUUUGACCUACCCCUGCAGCAGGAGGCUUCAAUUAUAUGAUACAGGGAAGAGAAGAAAAGCAUGUCUUAAGCCAGCUUCACAGUUUAGCAAUUUAAGGUAAUACUAUUUUCCAGUCAAUGAUCAAUGAGUGAGAUUUAGUAAGUGAAAUUACUUAUAAUUAUUUCUUAAUUUAUGCCACCAGGUCUUCACAGAAUCUUGUAUUUGGCAGUAGUGCAGAUAAUUACGUAGUUAAUGAAACCACAAAAUAAAAUGUCUAGUCAAAGCACAUGUUGGACCAGAGUCAAUGUGAAAUAACUGAUAAUUAUGUAAUGAUUCUUUGACGAUACAUAAUUGUAUAAUAAUGGAGGAGAGGUUUAAUUCUUUUUUAAAUAAGACACCUCCAAAUAUUUCACUUAGAGAACACAAAACCAAUGUGCUUUCUGGAAAAGGUAGAAAAUCAAGUCCUCUUCCCAGGUAGUUCAUGAGAACCAGCACAGACCUGGGAAAAGCAAAGGCUGCCGCCUGCCAUCUGGUGGGCCUUCUCAUAGAGAGUGGCCCAGGAGUCCAGGAAAGCCUGGAAAUUCCCAAUUGGCUGGCUCCGGCAGCUAGUCAGCCCCUAAGGAAAACGGCAGCUUAUGCUGCUACUGUACAAAAAGAGCAAGCUACCCAGAGACCUCUGCUGAGAGGGGACCCCUCCAGAGACCAUGGAUGAGACUGGGCCUAUUCCCAUCAAUUUGCCAUUCAGGGACCUGGUAUCUAUUUCUGGGAAUAGGGAAGUCCAAGUGUAGUCUGACAUAGAAUCCUUACUUCAGAUAUGGUUUUCCAGGAUUCCUGCCUUCAAGGCCAAAUGUGGAUCUAUGCAGGGCUCUAUGGACCAAACCUGGUCAGGAUUUCAGUGAGCUCUGGACCAACACUGAUAAAGACUUUUUAAUUUGUAAAGGUGAACAGCAGGCUGGGUUCAGUGGUGCACUCCUGUAAUGAACUUAGUAACCCUGUAAGGUGGUGUGGUGCCUGCCCCUGUGUGAAGAAUGCAGGGAGGCUGAGGCAGGAGGAUUGCAAGUUCAAAGCCAGCCUCAGCAACGGUGAGGCGCUUAGCAACUCAGUGAGACCCUGUCUCUAAAUAAAAUACAAAAUAGGGGGGCCAGGGUUGUGGCUCAGAGGUAGAGCGCUUACCUAGCAUGCGUGAGGCACUGGGUUUGAUCCUCAACACCACAUUAAAUAAUAAUAAUAAUAAAGGUAUUAAAUAAAAUACAAAAUAGGGCUCACAGUGGUGGAGUACCCUUGAGUUCAAUCCCUGGUACUCCCCACCCCCAUCCAAAAGAAAAAGGGAAAUAGCUGCUCAUCUUCUACACCAGGAGCCAGGCAAGAAGGGGAAAAGCUCAUGCCCCAACUAAAAUGGAGUAGCUGUGAUUGGUUACUGCUCCUGGUUACUGCCAUGCUAAAAUAUGUGCCCAGCAUUGUUGGAUCUUCUGAUUUUUUGAGGGAAGCCUGAAAUCCAGAUUUAUGAGAAAUGUCCUUAAUUAUGAAUUCUCACUGAUUUUUUAAUUUUUUUAGCUAGACAAAAUAUGGUAGACUUGCAGUUUGUGAUGACUUCUGCCACUGGGUAGUAGAACUGUACAUAUAUUUGCUGCCUCUACAUUUCCUAACUUAUGCAUUCACUUCAGCUUCUGAAGUCUGGUUGCUGCCUGUCCUUAUUUCUAUCUCUUCCCACUUCUAAAAGGGAAAUCCUAAGAAGUCUACCCAUAAGCCUUGUUUGCACUUUUCUCCCACUUCUGGCUAUUUUUUACUCCUCCGACUUCAUCCACUGCCACCCCCCUCCUCCCAUUCAUGGUGCUCAAAUUCAGACCUGUCUUGAACUUUCAGCAGCCAUAUACCCAACCAUCUUUUGGACAUUUCCCCUAGGAUCAUGAACAUGUCUAACUCUACUUACUGUCUGCACCUGCUUCUCUUGUAGUCUCAUCACCUGGCACCCAGCUAUCCAGAUUAGAAAUCUCUGCUCUUCUUUUUUACCACAGCACUAAAGUCUUCCCCAAUCAAUCUCAAGUCCUCCAUUCCUAGUAACAAUGCCUUAAUAUAGUUCCAUGUUGGCUCACCAGGACUCUAAGGAAUGCCUUCAUGACUUCUGGGGAGCUUCAGAGCAAGGCAGCAGAAAGAGCAAACCUAGAUAGCUUGGGUGUGGGGAGAAACAAGAUAAAGAAACCUGCUUUGGGAGAGCUUUCAGAUGAAAGAGUAGGAUGAGGAAUAAAGCCGCAGACACAGAUGGGAUCAAAUACCAUUAUAUCCUGAAGAAUGGGCAGCCCUUCCUAAGCACAGGCCAGCCUUUUCCCCUUGAAUGACUUCCUUUUAACAAAAUUAAUACAUUUUAAUUAUUAAACAUUUAGAAAAUAAUAAAAACCUAUAAUUUCACUGCUACUACUCAUAAUGAGAUUAUUUUACGCUUUGUUGUCUAUUUUUAUAUGCAUAUAUAUUUUAAAUAGCAAAUGAGGAGUCAUUGUAUAUUUUAUAAUCUUUUUCCUUUACCAAUAUAUUGUGAUAACUUUUUUCUGAUUAUAAAACUAGUAUGUGGUGCAGAAAACAUGUGAAAAUAAAAAUUACUAAUAAUCACGCUGCCCAAAGAUAACCCCUGUUAAUAUUUUGGUGUAUGGAAUAACCUUGUUUUCUUUACAUGGUGUAAUAUAUUGUGAGCAUUGCUUCACUAAGCCAGUUGUUCCUAGCUGGACAUUUUUGGAUUUCUAAAAUAUUUUCACUAUUGUAAAUAACACUUUGGUGAAUAUCUUUGUAUAAAAUUCUUUAUGCAUUUUUGUUAUUGUUUUAGGAUAAAUAUGUGUACAAGUUGCUGAGGCACAGGAUAUGCCUCUUUCAAAGGCGCCUCCUGUAUAUUGCCAAUUUGUCCACUAAAAAGGCUGUGCUAGUUUA